AUGCGCUACUCCUUCUCUCUCGCCACUUUUGUGGCAAUUGCGACCGCGUUACCAACCUUGGAUGCGCAACGACGUGCGAAAUUGUUCACAGUCGAGUUAGCACCUGGACAAACCAAAGCAGUGACGGAGGCUGGAAAGCUUGCUUUGACAAGCCAAGGCAUCGGCUUCAUUGACGUCACAGACUGGCCGCAGUCUUCAAGGGUACUCGCAAACUACACGUAUCCAACUGAGUUGACGCAAGGCGAAUCCGUCCAAGACCUCAUCGAUCAACUCAGUGGUACGAACAUUCGAACCAACCUCGAAAUUUUUAGUAGCUUCAACAAUCGCUACUACCAAUCAGAAACUGGCAACCAGUCUGCCGAAUGGCUGCUUGCACAAGCACGCAGCUAUAUUCCAUCACGUUCGCCAGUCACGGUGUCUAUAUUCCCGCAUGUGUAUAGACAAAGCUCGAUCAUCGCGACUAUACCUGGCAAAAGCGCAAAAACCAUCGUUGUUGGAGCCCACCAGGAUUCCAUCAACGGCGCGGCGGGCGUGAAUAGGACAACAGCAAGGGCCCCUGGAGCUGACGAUGAUGGCUCCGGCAGUAUGACCAUUCUAGAAGCCUUCCGCACCGUUUUAACGAACAGCACGAUCGCUAAUGGCGACGCCUCGCAUACCAUCGAGUUCCAUUUUUAUGCUGCCGAAGAAGUGGGCCUGUUAGGGUCAGGCAACAUCUUCAGAUCGUACGCUGAGCAGAAGCGCGACAUUGCCGCUAUGCUCAACCAAGACAUGACAGGCUACACGGCGGGCUACAAGUCCCGUAACAUGACACCUAAAUUCGGCCUUGUGACAGACAACACCAAUGCAUUGUUGAACAACUUUACUCGACGCGUCAUCAAAGCUUAUACGAAGACUGAGGUGGCAGACACUGAGUGCGGCUAUGCUUGCUCUGAUCACACCAGUGCCACGAGGGCGGGAUAUCCGAGUGCAUUUGUAUUUGAAGGCGAGAUGCAUGGUCCGAACGACAACCCGUAUGUUCAUACGGCAAACGACACCAUUGAGACGAUCGACUUUGAGCAUACGGUUGAGCACGCGAAGGUUGUCGUUGGGUUCGUGGUCGAGCUGGCUUUCGCAGAUUUGUGAGAUAGAGGCAUUAUUACGUUUAGUAAUGGUUGGUUCUGGUAAGUGACGCGGAUCCAUAGCAAUGGUUGAUAAGCAAUUAGGACUG